GGGCUGCUGCUGUUCUGCGUCUUCUGUGAUGUUGGGCAGGCGACGCUGCGCGAUGUCAAUCUGCUGGUGCAACCGCCUGCGGUGCGGCGCGGCCAGUCGGUGGCACUGCGGUGCGACUACCAGCUGGAUGGAGCGCCGCUCUACUCCAUCAAGUUCUACCGCGGCCAAAUGGAGUUCUACCGCUACACGCCCGGGGAGUAUCCGCACACGAAGGUCUUUCAGUAUCCCGGCAUCAGAGUGGACGAGGGCAGCUCGAACGCCACCCUGGUGCUCAUACGAAACGUCAGCUUCGGCCUGUCCGGCCAAUUCAGCUGCGAGGUGACUGCCGAUGCGCCGCUCUACUCCACGGCCACGGCCUAUGCCCAGAUGCAAGUUGUGGAGUUCCCAGAGAAGCGGCCGCAGCUGUUCACGGAGCACACCCGCUACGAGCCCGGCGAUGUGCUGCGCGCCAAUUGCAGUACGCCACCAUCGCGGCCGCGGUCCGAGCUCCGAUUCACCAUCAACAACGUGCCGAUAACCACGGAAGAAACGCAGUACAUACGAACGAUUGACAACUUAAUAGCAUCCCGGCUCAGUCUGAAGCUGCAGCUGCAGGCGGUGCACUUUGUGGCCGGUAUUAAUGGCCAUGGGAAUGGCAAUGGCAACGGGAAUGGCAAUGGCAAUGGCAAUGACAAUGGCAUAGCGAACGCAUUGGUUACCGGCAGCGGGAGUGGCUCUGGUGGAGGCCUUGUAUUGCGUUGCACGGCGCAAAUUGGCGAUCUCUAUCAGGAGUACAAGGAAAUCGAGUUGGGCACACCACAAAAGGAUCCGGUGCCGGCAAGAGUGACGCUGUCGUCGGGCACGGGACUGCGCAGCUUCUUGGAGGCCUAUUUCACAACCUCCAGAGCAGCGCUCACCUGGCAAGGGGCCAUUGGCGGCAUCACUAUCUGGCUAUUCUCAAUGCUGGCACUAACGAUUAACUGCAGCCGUAGCAGCUAAAUGCAGGUGGCCCCAGAGCCGUGUUGAACAUUCGAUUUGGUUAAGGAUAUGCGAAUGUGCGCAGCCUCGAUGGAUGGAUGGAUGGAUGGCGAUAAGAUUAGAGCUCUCGGCCGUGAACCGCAUUAAUUAUCUCUCGUGAACGCCAUUUGAUUUAAACACACACUCAGACACACACACACAUAGAGAAUGCACGCAUACAUACAGACAUGCGAUUCCUGUUGAGUACACACGAGCAUUAAACAAUAAAACUGUAAAUAUUUGCUUUAAUGAUGUAAACGGAUACACGUAAAUGAACUCACAACACACACACACACAAACACACAGAUACAAACACACACACACACACACAGACAGACACAUACGACUAAUUGUUAAUUAAUGGAUUAUUUAAUGACGCAUAAAAUAUUGGAUAAAGUAUUAAUGUUUCAUUUGCAUUUAGCUUCCACACAAGCAAAUAUCAACUUAAAGUUUAAGCCAUAAAAAUCGUAACAAAAAAAAAACGAUUUAAAAAUUGUAAACAAAUGAAAA